ACCCAAAAAGGAAGGCAAGGGGGCGGUGCUCCUGCACCCAAUCAUUUCCAACGCAGUUCCACUCUGUCUGACCCUCCCUAUUUUGGCAAAAACCAUUGGCCCAGAGAAGGAAAUUAAAUGACUAUAGAUUCUUUCACAAUGGAAAUCAUGUUCAAAACUUACUGGAAAACUAUCAGUCUUGCUCAUAUCAGGUGACUCUUUCAAUGGCUUCUCCAAUGAGGUCUGACAGGACAGAAGGUGAAAAUAAUGAGCCUAAUUGCGUGAAUCCCCAGCAACCAGUUCUUGAUGUGCCUCCUCUCAGUUGUGUGCAUUACAUUGGUCCACCAAGCCCAGGUGAUACAUUUUCCUCACCAACCAGAGAGCAGACUGAGGCUUCAGAAAGAAUCGGUCCAGCUAUGAUAUUUCUGCCUUCCCAAUCAACCAGGGAGGAGUUGGAUAAUAUGAUGGCUCAUGCCAAAUAUGGAGUUGCACUCACUGGGGCUGCUGCAACAGGCUCAAUUGGACCACUUAGAGGGUUAAGGAACAUCAGUGAAUCGGAGGAUUCAUACCAUUUCCGUGUCAACGUUCCUGGGGCAUCAAUGGAGAAAGGAGACUUCAGUUGUGACAUUGAACCUGAUGGAACAGUAGUAAUAAAGGGGAUUUCAACAACUGGUGAGAAAGUAGUAUAUUGGGGCUCUCUAGUCUUUGAUAUGCUGACACAAAAUCUGGGCCCGCUGGGACCCUUCACCAUCUCAUUCCAGCUACCGGGUCCUGUCAAUCCCCAAGAAGUUGUUAGUCGUUUGGCUGAUGGAAUUUUUGAAGCCAUUGUGAAGAAGAAGUGAUUGGGAAUGCCUAGGAGAAACAGAGAGCAGGGGUGCCCUGGGAAUGACUUUUCUUCCCCUGCCUCCAUCCUAGCAUUAUGUGUGUUAUAGGCUUUAAGCGUCAGCCUAGAAAAUGUGGAGAUCGUCAUAUGAACUUGGUGUUUAAAACUUUCUUUUGGAUUCAAUAAAUUGUUAUCUCCAGCCUAUCCUUUUCUAUGUUUUUUUUUCUUUUUAAUUGAAUAUUUGGCUGUGGUAUCAAUCAUUUUGGACCUCAUUCAGUGUUCAUCCCAAGUCUCAUUGCUAUCAAUUAGAAGCAGCCUGUUGAACCUUUGCACUUGAAA